AUAUGAGUGUACGUGCGUGCGUGUGUGUGAGAGAGAGUGGGUUAUUUAUUUAUUUGUUUGUUUGUCUACAUAUUCAUUUGAAUUAGGUGUGUUGGUUCUUUUUAAUAUUAUCUGAUAUAAUAAUGUAUAUGUGUUUGUUUAACUCAGGUUUGUUUGGUUUUGUUUAUCAUUAGCAGGUGUGACCCUUAGUGUAACAGAGACCUGGCAUCACGUAUGAGUACAAGAUAAAAUCAGCCAAAAGAAUUGUUUUUAUUUGUUUGUGUGUUUGUUUGUUUGUUUAUGUGCACUCCUGAUGCCCUGUAAUGUCUCAGCUGAACCUUUGGGUCAAGGAGCGGAUUGUGGUGAAGGAAAUCAGCGAGCAGUAAGAAGAUCCAGGAUCAUCUCCGCUUCCUCUUGUCUGCGUGAGCGUGAGCAUUUGUGUUAACGUGAUCGUUAGCGUGAACAUUAGCAUGAGUGUUAACGCCCUCCCUGUACUGCCAGGAUGUCAGCAGCAUCCUGUCACACGGCUGCUGUUAAACGAGGAACUGUGUUAAUCCAAGACGCACUCUGCAACCAUGUCAAGCUCGCUGGUCGUGUGUGAGGUGGAUCCGAGUCUGACGGAGAAGCUGAAGAAGUUUCGCUUUCGGAAGGAGACCACCAACGCCGCCAUACUGAUGAAAAUUGAUAUGGAGAAACAGCUGGUCAUAUUAGAAGAGGAGUAUGAGGACAUUUCUCUGGAUGAUCUGAGGGAAGAGCUUCCUGAGCGCCAGCCUCGGUACAUAGUGUACAGCUACAAGCUCACGCACUCCGACGGCCGAGUGUCCUACCCACUGUGUUUCAUUUUCUCCAGUCCUGUGGGCUGUAAGCCGGAGCAGCAGAUGAUGUACGCCGGCAGUAAGAACAGGCUUGUCCAAUCUGCCGAGCUCACCAAGGUUUUUGAAAUCCGGAACGCAGACGAUCUCUCCGAGGAGUGGCUGAAAGAGAAAUUGUCCUUCUUUCGCUGAAAAAUUACGCCACUCGUCAAGAUCAGCGCUCCAUAAAUCUAUCCAUAAAGCGAAGAUCGUUACGUGGGGAAUAAACUCACAGCUCAUCUCAGAUCAGUGGAGAAAAGGCUUCAGGUGUUUGAUUUCUAAUUUUUAAGUCGACAUUUUGUAGAAUGAAGUGAAGCACAAUGUGAACACGGUACUAGACCUGUUACAGCUAAAAAAAAAAAAAAAAAAAAUG